CUAGCUUACCCUACACUGAUUAAGAACCAAAACUGCGAACAAAACUCUAUUAUUGUCAUUCUUUCAAUUUGUCAACAGUUUUUUGAUAAAAAUGGAUAAAAAUUUAGAACAUGUCCUGGAGGAGUUAAUAAAUACUCCUGGAGUUUAUGGAUGCGUUUUAGCCGAUGAACAUGGACUUUGUUUAGGGAAUAAGGGUGAAACUUCAACUACCACGGCAGGUAUCAUUGGUGCAAUUGCAGAAGAAUCUUUGAAACUAGAACCAAAUAGCAAACCUCCUAUCAUACAUUUCGAAAAUGACAAUCGCUCCUGUACAAUACAAAGAAUUGGGACGAUAACUGGAGCUAUUUUCAAGAACUUACAAAAUUAAUUAUAAAUUAUUAAUAUCAUUGAUAUUACUGUAUACACCUUAUAUUUAAAAAAUUAAGUACAAAUUAGGCAACAAAAGUAUAUUACUUAUAUAAAAAUACCAACAUUUUUAUUUAAAAUUACUAAUCUUGUUUAACAAAUGAACUUUUCCUGCUUUUGUACUUUUCUAAUCCCAACCUUAAUAACGUCAUGUUAUCUAAUGCCCAAAUGGAAACUAUGAUGAAAAAGAACACUGCACCUGCUCCAAUGUGUAUGAAAAUUGAUUUUUCUAAUAGAUAAAUCUAAAAUAAAGAUACGAUAUACAAUAAUGGCAAAAUAAUAUGGACGAAACUUACCUCUGAUAAUAUAGUCACAAUUCCUGACAAAAUUAAAGUAAUGAGAAACUUUUUACCAGGAAUCAGCCCAUCUAAUGGUGUGAAUUCAGUAUCCUGGAAUUGCUUGUGAAUAUAGUUUAAACUAAAAUGCAUAAAAACUUCUUUUUAUAUAUAAUAAUACAUAAAGGCGAAGUGUUUCUUAACAAUGAAGAAAUUAGAUAUUAAUAAAUUAACCAAUGAAUACUCAUUUCUAGGCCCCAGAUGAAAAUUUUUAUUUAAUAUUUUCAUAACUAAGAAUACCUGGCAAUAGCACUUUGAUUUAUGUGAUUGAAAUAACAUGCAUAAACAUAGGUCCAGUUUAGUUUUGGCAACAGAAGUAACUGUAUUAAGUAUAUGUUAAACCUUAAAAGGGAUCCCUUACGGUAUUAGGAAUUAGAAAGUUCUAUAGUAGUGCUAUAUUCAGAAUGUAAGUAAAUCAGAUCAAGAGAUGGAAUAUACUACAGUGAAUAAAGAAGAUUCAUAUUUCAAAUUACAAUUAAAGUUGUCCAAAGUAUAGAGCUAAAUAUAGCCUAAAGUGGAGGUCUCAGUCAUUUCCUAGGACCAGCAAAUAAUUUAAAAAUACUCUAUAUGCACGUACAUAUUUUACUAAACACAGAAAAAGCGAGAAUUGUCACAUUUGGAACCAUUUUAUUUGUGAGAUUUGAAGAAAAAAAUAUUUUGAAAGUUUGUUAAUGUACAAACAACCUAUAGAUUGGUGUGAGGUCCAUUUAUUUUGUGCAAGAUUUAGAAACUUAGUGAACUAGCUAACCACCUUCCUAUCUUUUCCAUUUUAUAGUUUAUUUUAAAACAUUUCCAGCCCUCAAUAAAGUUUUUUACUUUUUGUGUUUCUAUUUGAUGCACCAUUUUCCCUUAUCAGUAUAUCAACCUUUACUAUUAAUUAGAUUUAGUGUACAAUAGAAUAAAACUUUUGGAUUUACUUGUUGUGUGGAAUCUUAUUUUAUAUUAUAUCUGAUAA